CAUGGAUGAAUUUUGGAUCUGGAUUUGCUCUUUGAGGAUUUUUUAAACUGGUGUGACUUUUGAUAUUUGGGAUCUUGGUGUUUGUUGAAUGUUUAUUUUGGAAUAAAUCUUGGACUUGUGUCUUGAAGGAAGAACACGGAAGAAGAAAAGGUUCCGUAAGAUGAAAGGGGCAUUUUAGUAAAUUCAAUGUUAUUUUCAUGUCUCCUAAAUAUGCGUGCCCGGUGAAAUCGGGAAGUUCUUUUAUGGACGGAGGGAGUAUAUAAAAGGGCUAUAAAAGAAUUAAUCAUCUGGAAGAUGGGGCCCUGGAAGAAGGGUGCAUUUGGGUCUUGGAGAGGGCCCGAAACCAUCCGACAUGGUUAAUUCUCCAAUUUUGACCUGGCCAGCAACAUUAAGAAGAAAGUCUGAGCCCAUUAAGAGCUUCAUUAUAUUGUUGAAAAUUAUUUAUUAUUCCCUCCAUUGCAAAAUAAGUUCUCGCAUUGAAAUUUUCUUGUUUUAAAGGAAAGUAAAACCUUAUAUUGGGAUAGAUAACAAAUGAAACGUUGAACAUUUUAAGGGCAGACAUUUUUUUACCACUACCUGUAUUCUAAGCAUCAAACUUUGUGGAAAUUGGUCUGUAUAUGCUUUACACAAGGGUUGGUGAUCUGUAGACAAACUCUUCUGGAAACAGGUAGGUAAAAUAUGCAGUCCUACAUCACGCUAGCCAUUUUCCCCCUCAAAAUUAUCAUUCACAAGGUUAUCUUUGUUGUAGUGCUGCCUAUAUAAGAGAAAACAUAAAGAAAGAAUGCCAGUGAACCUAGCUGCACUCCUCUUUCAAGACAUGAUGAAACAAAUCUAUGGUCCGAAGUUUCCUGGUGCCGUACUUGCUGGAUGGGAGCUACAUGAAAUCCACCACUAUGAAGCAGUAUCAUUUGGCAGAUGGGCAAUUCGGCGAGCCGCAUUUCAAGAUGGGAUUUUAGACGGAGUUGCUGAGGUUUAUUAUGUUGGCCCUCAUGGAUGGGAGCCAAUAUUGUAUGAUGAUGUUUUGAAUGCUGGCCUCUACAAUCCUAUCUCGGUGCACUCAGUAGAUCAAGAAGAGCCAACAAAUGAAGACAGAGAAUGGAUGGAUCGUUUACAAAGUCUUGAAAAGUAUCAAAAACAAGUUCUUCCAUCUGUAUAAAAGCAGUAGUCAUUGCAGUACAUAGAUAUGAGGUAAAGGUUUGCAUUGAUGCUCAACAGACGUUUUGGCAGUGUGAACUCUAUUAUAUGUAUGCUAUCUCAAAGACGUUAAUUAGAGCACUUGUUCACUGCUGGUAAAUCGUAGCAGGUUUCUGGUAUUGCUAUUGAAUUGUCUGUUGAUGGCCACCAACGACCUAGGAUUUUUUGUUGGG